UCCACAGCCAUGUCUUACACCUUCAUCUUCAUGAUCUUCAAGAUACUAUGCUUAUUCUUAUCUCUCUUACCAUCUCUCUCCCAUUCCUCAAGCCAUCAUCUCCACCCACUAGACCCACUCACUCCAUCUGAAAUCUCCAAAGUCCGCUCCAUAAUCAUAGGAUCAAAGCAAAGCUCGACCCAGAAUCUGACCUUCCAGUACGUAGGACUGGAAGAGCCAGACAAGCACACUGUCCUCUCAUGGCUAUCAAACCAGGCCAACACCACCACCACCACCAAAACCCCACCUCGCCGGGCCUUCGUCAUUACCCGAAACAACAACCAGACCCACGAAAUCACGCUGGACUUAUCAACCCGUUCAAUUGUCUCCGACAAGGUUUACAAAGGCUAUGGAUACCCUUUAAUGACCGCUGCAGAACAAAUGGCCGCGAUUGAACUACCACUAACAUACGCACCAUUUAAGGCGUCGGUUAGCAAGAGAGGGCUUAACUUAUCGGAAGUAGUUUGUGGGACUUACUCGGUUGGGUGGUUUGGAGAGAUGAACAAGAAAAAGCAACGGAGGUUAGUGAAGGUUCUCUGCAAUUACUUGAACGGAACUGUGAAUUUGUACGCUAGACCGUUGGAAGGGAUAACAGUGGUGGUUGACCUUGACGUCAUGAAGAUAACGGAAUAUGACGAUAGGUUCACAGUUCCGGUACCCAAAGCUGAAGGGACUGACUAUCGAUCAUCACAGCAGAAGCCGCCGUUUGGUCAAAAUGCUGGUCGGACCACAAUUGUGCAACCCGAUGGACCGGGGUUCAACAUAACCGGUCAUACUAUCAGGUGGGCCGAUUGGAAGUUUCACCUGAGCUUCGAUGCCCGAGCAGGUUCAAUUAUAUCGCUAGCAUCGAUUUAUGACCUUAAUAAGGAAGAAUUCCGGCAUGUGCUGUAUAGAGGAUACAUAUCGGAGCUGUUUGUUCCAUACAUGGAUCCAACGGAAGAAUGGUACUACAAGACCUUUUUUGAUGCAGGUGAAUUCGGUUUGGGCCUAUGUACAGUAUCACUUGAGCCCAAAACUGACUGCCCAGCCAAUGCAGAAUUCAUGGAUGGGUACUAUGCUGGGCAGGAUGGGAAGCCCAUUAAGAUUGAAAAUGCUAUAUGUGUGUUUGAACGGUAUGCCGGAGAUAUCAUGUGGCGGCAUACAGAAACCGGCAUUCCUGGAGAAACGAUAAGGGAGGUUCGACCAGAGAUAAACCUAGUAGUGAGGAUGGUUUCAACCAUUGGCAACUAUGACUAUAUCAUUGAUUGGGAGUUCAAGCAGAGCGGCACCAUAAAAGUUUCGGUUGGGCUUACAGGUAUAUUAGAAGUGAGGAGUGUGACAUACACUCACACUGACCAGAUAAAAGAAGAUGCCUACGGAACACUGUUAGCAGAAAACACCAUAGGCGUAUACCAUGAUCACUUCCUCACCUUCCACCUUGACCUCGACAUUGAUGAACAGGAUAAUUCAUUCCUCAAGUCCAAAUUGCAGACAACCAAAGUGAUGGACAAUAACUCACCAAGGAAAAGUUAUUGGUCAGUUGUUAAAGAAGUGGCUAAACAUGAAUCUGAUGCACGGAUUAAGCUUGGUUUGGAACAAACUGAACUGUUGGUAGUGAAUCCUAAUAAGAGAACCAAAAUGGGGAACCACAAUGGUUACCGUCUCAUUCCAGGUUUUCCUGUGGCUCCCCUUCUCUCUGAUGAUGACUAUCCACAGAUCCGAGGGGCUUUUACCAAUUACCAAGUAUGGGUCACUCCCUAUAACAAAUCUGAGAAGUGGGCAAGUGGUUUAUAUGUUGAUCAGAGCCAUGGAGAUGAUACUCUAGCCAUUUGGAGUCAAAGGAACAGAGAAAUUGAGAACAAGGACAUUGUCUUGUGGUACACUUUAGGCUUUCAUCAUGUUCCUAAUCAGGAAGAUUUUCCGGUGAUGCCUACACUAAGCGGGGCAUUUGAGCUCCGACCGUCAAAUUUCUUUGAGAACAAUCCAGUGUUGAAAACACAAUCACAUAAGAAUGUGGAAUGGCCUAAUUGUACCAAGACUAGUUAAAUUUAUUCUCUAAAUUUUGUUCUAUAAGAUGUUUCAAGAAUGAAGUAUCAGGAAUUCAUAAUAAAAUUUUCA